GUUCUAACUGUUUAGAUGCAUUACGGAUACAACAAGUAAGAUUCUUGACCAACGUAGUAUUUGGUAAAGAAACAAGAUGGAUCUCGGCACUACGCACAUGGCUCGAGAUGUUUCACGUGAUAUUAAAUUAAAAAGUGUAGAUAAAAUGAAUUCAACAAUUUUUGAUAGUUUUGCGAAAAUUAUAAAUAAACAGGAUGCAGUGAGACGUGAAGGUGGUCUUACGUUAUUAAAACAUUUGCACGAACAUUCUUCUGAUAUAAAUGAUAACAAAGAAUACAAAUAUGCUAUGACGAGAUUAAUACGUGGAUUGGGAUCCUCAAAAUUAUAUGCCAAGAAGGGUUUUUAUAGUACCUUAACAACUUUCUUAAUUAUACAUUCUGAUGUUUCAAUAGACACAAUUUUAACUACAAUGGAUACAGAAUUACACCCAGUAAACAGCAACGCUAAAAGUGAACAAGCUGAUGUAUAUAUGGGUCGUAUAUUAACUUGCGGUGCAUUGAUACGAUCAAAAUUACUUUUGAAUAGUAUAAACAACACUCAAUCAAAAGUAGUGGAAAUACUUCUAAAUGCUGGAAAACAACGAAGCUAUUUAUCUUUCGUUUCCAUUUCAUUUUUAAUAGAAUUUAUAAAUCAACUUGACGCAAAUUCUGUGAAGAAAUCUAUUUGGCCAUUAAUAGAAAAUGAAUUUGGCAAGCCUUGGGCAGAACAAACAUUAGAUUCAUUUUAUGCUUUAUUAAUUAUCAGAGAUAAAUUUCCAGCACUUGUGAAUCAAGAUUUUUUACAAAAAUAUUUACUUUCCAAUGAUAUCAUCACAAAGGAAAACAUAAACAAUAUUGUGAAUAUAUUAACAGAUUUGCCCAGGAUAAAAUCUUGCCAUCAUCCAGUAUUCGUUUUAUUUUGUGAAAAAUUGGCAGCGACUGAUUUAGUAACCGAUUUCUGGUUAGUCAUAGACAGUAAAUUUAAAAAGCCAUCUAAAACACAUGAAUACGUUGCCAUUGAAAUUUUAAAACACUUACUUGUACAUUUAAAUGAUAAAACAGUGUUGCCAUCCUUGUUAUCUUCAGAUUUUUUGCAACAUAUGUUAAAAAAAUGUUCUAUUUUAAAGAGAAAUAACAACGAUGAAGUUGUUGUAGCAUUUAAAGACUUAUUAAGUUUAUUAAUAACAAGUGUCAAAGAUAUUAAAACAAAAAUACAGAUAAAUGUAUUGAAAAAACUGAUCUUGUACCCUGGUGAUUUAAUGAUAGAAAAAAAAACAGGUGUCAAGAUAAUCCAAUUGAUCACAAGCAAUUUAAAUGCUGAUGGAGUUAAAAAGUUAUCAAAUAUCUAUAGAACCAUUAUAGAGAAUACAAUUCCUAAAGAAAGAGAACGUUCACAAACAGAAAGCUGGACAAAUUCUGAAAGAAUCUAUGCUGUUCAAUUAUUAACGAGAUUAAUAAAUCAUCCAGCAAUUCUAUCAGAUCCAGACUGGAAGUUGAAUCAAUUGAAGUUUUUGUUUCUUUUUGGUUUCUGCGAAGUUCCACAAGUUGGUGUAGAACUUAUUCAACAUUUUAAAGAUAGUUUCUAUCGUGCUUUGGAUCAUAAGAUGCCUAAAUUGAAUGACUUAAGAAAUAUGUUAAGUGAAUUAGUUCAUUAUUUAAAUACAGAUUUAAGUUGUGAGAAUAUUAAAUUACGGACACCAUUGAGCGAGGAAUCAGAAGCAGCAUGGAAAAAAGCGAUUUGUUUAAUAGAAAAAUUAGAGAAUAAUCCCAAUGCAAAAGCUAUACCAAUAUUUCAUACCAUGUGUUUACACAUGGGAUUACAACUCUUCUCAGAUCCGGAAGUAGCAAUUAUGUCUAUCAACGAAUUACAAAGUUGUUACGAUCGAGUUAAAAAGAAAUCUAAAUCUAAUAAUAAUAAAAAAUUGAAAGAUGAACCGGAAUGGGUAGAAGUUGUGAUAGAUCUUUUGUUAUCUCUUUUAUCUAAAAAUAGUCAUUUGAUGCGUUCAUUGGUUACUUGCGUUUUUCCACAUAUUUGUCCGUACAUCGUCUCGAUGUCCCAAAUAUUAUCUGUCUUGGAUAUCAAAAAAGAGACCAAUCCAUUGUCUAUGAACGGUGACGAUAAUGAAGAAUCUUCAGGUUCUGAUGAGGAUGAUGAAAACGAUGAGGAGAAUAAUGUUGAGGAACAUAAUACAGAAGCUACAACUGAUUCCUCCGAUGAAAGUGACAUGGAUUGCGAUAAAGAAGAYGAAGACGAAGACGAAGAUGAAGAUGAAACUGUAACAGAUAUGUUACGAGUUGCUGUGAGUCAAGCAUUAGGAGGUACUAAUCCUGAUAAUAACGAUGAAGAUAUGGACGUAGAUAAGAUUGACGAAGCUGAAGGCAAACGAUUGGACGAAUCAUUAGCGGCAGCAUUUAAAAUUCUUCGUCAAAAUCGUCGUGGACAAUCGAAGAAACAAGAAAAAUCAGCACAAACGUUAACCCAUUUCAGAGCUAGAGUUACAGAUUUAUUAGAAAUUUAUUUAGAUUGCAAUCCAGCAAUGGCUGUUGUUUUAGAUAUGCUUGUUCCACUUUUUGCUUUAUUGGAAUUUUGUAUUAAGGAUCCACAUCAGAAACCUUUAGAGAAUCGAGUACGAGCUUGUUUAAAGAAAUUAUCGAGUAUUAAAAAAUUCAGAGAUACUGAGGGAGUCGAUAAUGAAUUAUUAACAAUCAUUUUAAAGACUUUAAUUGAGAAAGGAGAACGUUCUGCUUCUGUUUGUCAAGAAAUGGGAGACAAAUUAGCUGAAUGUUGUGCUUUUCUUAUAAGAUGCGUUCAAUACGUUGGAUUGCCUGAUAAUACAUUUGUAGACAUUUAUAAAACUAACUUAACAGCUUUCUUCAAGAAAAGAGAUUGCAUUUUGCCAGGUAUUCUUUUCAAAAGUCUGUUACAACAAUCUUGGGAAGGAAAUUGGCAGCUGGCACCAUUAUUAGUGGAAUAUGCAUUUGAUUUGAACACAAUCAGAUCAUUUCGUAGAGGCCAAGCUUUAGAAUUUUUAACUAUUUUUUAUAGAAAUAAUAGAUUAAUUCGUUCUGAGUCUACGAAGAACAAGAAUAGAAUUAAAAUGGAGAAGAAAUUAUGUGAAAACAGUAUAAAUCUAUUACAAGAUCUAUGCAAUGCCAAUGAAUCCAAAGAUGAACAAUUAACUUCAAAUGAAAAUUCUAAUGUUAAAAUUAAUCAGAAAUUUGUAUAUCUGUUCCUUACUCUAUUGCACACAAUUCAUGGACAACAUUUACCAGAAAUUUGGAAAUGGGAAACUAUCGGGGAAAAAUUAGUCAGAUACAGGACUAAAGCUGUACUUUCUAAAGAUGCAAGAAGUGCAUACAAUAGAUUAGCACAACUAAUUGGAUUAUCUACUAAUUGUCCUGUGAAGAAACAAGAAACUGAUCCAAUUCCCAAAGUUAAUGGAAAAAUUUCUAGUGUAAAGGAAGAAGAUGAAAAAGAAGAACAAAAAGACGAAUCUGUUAUGGAAAUUAACGAUGAAGAAAAUAAUACAGAAAUAAAUACAGCAAAAUUAAAGAAGAAAAAGAAGAAUAAGAGUAAACAAAAAGAAAAGCAGUUAUUGAAAAAAGAAUCACGUGAAUUACGUCUACAGACAAUGUCCGAAGGUUUAGAUGUAUUUCAAUUUAGUAGUUCCGUAAAUCUUCCAAAUGGGACUAAUGAGACCGAUAGCAUACAAAAUGAUUUGGUGGAACCUGCAGUGGAAGCAAAUGGUAUCUCUAAACAUAAAAGAUUAUCUACAGAUAAUCUAGAUGAUUUUACUACACCGAAAAGAAAAAAGAAAUCAAAAGAUUGAUUGAUUAUAAGUGUGUAAUAAAUAUGAAAUUAAAAGCUAUACUUUAAGAAAAUGUGUGAAUGUAUAAAAUAUUAUGGGCAUAUUUCAUACGUUUAAUGUAUAUAGGUUUUUAAUAAAGAUAACGAAAUUUAUUACUAUUUUCAGAUGGUAUUUAAUAAUUUAAAUGUUUAAGUAAGCUAUUCAAACGUAUGCAAUGUGACUUCAGAAACAGACGUGGAGAAAAUGAAUUAAAAAUGCCUGGCGAUUUUACUCAUCCUUACUUGUUAAAAAGUCAUAUUCCUUACCCAAUUUUAAUAUUUAAGAUUCAUUAGAAAGAUAAAAGUUUUGUACAUGAGUUGAUUGUGAAAUAUUAUCAAAAUAGGUAUUUAGUUGAAUAAAAAAAUUAAUCUUGAAUAUUACCUAUUUUUAACC